UUAGCAAAGUCAAAGUUGAUUUAAAUAUUUAUGUUAAUUUUGUGAGGUUAAUAAUCAGCUAUUUGUUUGGAUAGUUAACAAUUUGACCUUACCAUCGAAGCUGAUAAGAAUAUUUGUUAAAAAUGCUCAUAGAGUUGAACAUUUGACAUGUUCAACUUUUUAUACUAUCUACUACCGAACCGAGCUGUUCAAGGCCUUACUGCCGCAUAUUUUAAAGCUAAAACGUUAAAAGAGGUCGGCUUCAGAGGUUGCCAUAGUUCACAGUCAAGCGUUAUUCUACCGAAAAUGAAAGUAACAGCAUUGCCAGCUUUGUCUGAUAAUUAUAUGUACUUGAUCACUGAUGAAGUCACCAAGCAGGCUGCUAUUGUAGAUCCUGUGGCACCAGAUAGUGUUUUAGAGGCGGUUCGUAAUGAAGGCGUGAAUUUAACAAAAGUACUUACCACUCAUCAUCACUGGGAUCAUGCUGGAGGCAACGAAGAACUUGUCAAGAAAUCUCCCAAUGCCUUGCAAGUUUAUGGUGGGGAUAAACGAAUCGGAGCGCUUACUAAUGAAGUCAAGCAUGGAGAUAAAUUUUCCAUUGGGGAAAUUAAUGUGGAAUGUAUAGCGACUCCUUGUCACACUAGCGGGCACAUUUGUUAUUACUUAACAGACGCCAAGGGACAAUCCGCGGUCUUUACUGGGGAUACAUUGUUUGUUGCUGGUUGCGGCAGAUUUUUCGAAGGCACCGCAGAGCAAAUGUAUACAGCUUUGGUAGAAAAGCUAGCUAAUUUGCCUGACGGUACUUUGGUUUUCUGCGGGCAUGAGUAUACUCAGCAAAACCUGAAGUUUGCUAAGCAUGUGGAACCGGAAAACCAAGAUAUUUUGAAAGCCAUAGCAGAUGCUGCUGAGAAAAGAAGCAAACAGCUUCCAACAGUUCCAUCUACAAUAGGUAAAGAAAAACAAAUCAAUCCCUUCAUGCGUGUUAUGAUGCCCACAGUGCAAAGUCAUGCGGAUUGUGGUGAUGCAAUAGAAACAAUGAGGACCAUAAGAAAGGAAAAAGAUGGUUUUAAAGCUUAAUACUUUGAUUUACUUCUUGUUAAAUUUUACAUUUUUAAAUAAAAUAUACUGUUUUA